AUGCUGAAGCCCGGAGACCCCGGCGGCUCGGCAUUCCUCAAAGUGGACCCAGCUUAUCUGCAGCACUGGCAGCAACUCUUCCCGCACAGCGGCGGCGGCCCGCUCAAGGGCGGCGGUGCCGCGGGUCCCCUGGGCGCACCGCAGCCUCUCCAGCCGCCGCCCCCCCCGGAGCGCACUGAGCCCCAGCCGGACAGCCUGCGCCCGCGGCCCGCCUCGCUCUCCUCCGCCUCCUCCACUCCGGCUUCCUCCUCCACCUCGGCCUCCUCUGCCUCCUCCUGCGCCGCGGCGGCGGCCGCCGCCGCCGCCGCCGCGCUGGCCGGUCUCUCGGCCCUGCCCGUGGCGCAGCUGCCAGUGUUCGCGCCUCUGGCUGCCGCCGCCGUCGCCGCGGAGCCGCUGCCCUCCAAGGACCUGUGCCUCGGCGCCGUCUCGGGCCCGGGGCCCUCCAAGUGCGGAGGCGGAGGCGGCGGCUGUGGCGGCGGCGGCGGCGGCGGCGGCGUCGGGGAUGUCCGGGGCGCCCCGCGCUUCCGCUGCAGCGCAGAGGAGCUGGACUAUUACCUGUACGGCCAGCAGCGCAUGGAGAUCAUCCCGCUCAACCAGCACACCAGCGACCCCAACAACCGUUGCGACAUGUGCGCAGACAACCGCAACGGCGAGUGCCCCAUGCACGGGCCGCUGCACUCGCUGCGCCGGCUCGUGGGUACCAGCAGCGCUGCGGCCGCCGCGCCCCCUCCGGAGCUGCCCGAGUGGCUUCGGGACUUGCCACGGGAGGUGUGUCUGUGCACCAGCACCGUGCCCGGCCUGGCCUACGGCAUCUGCGCGGCGCAGAGGAUCCAGCAGGGCACCUGGAUUGGGCCCUUCCAGGGCGUGCUCCUGCCGCCGGAGAAGGUGCAGGCCGGCGCCGUGAGGAACACGCAGCAUCUCUGGGAGAUAUAUGACCAAGAUGGGACACUACAGCACUUUAUUGAUGGUGGGGAACCUAGUAAGUCGAGCUGGAUGAGGUAUAUCCGAUGUGCAAGGCACUGCGGAGAACAGAAUCUAACAGUAGUUCAGUACAGGUCGAAUAUAUUCUACCGAGCCUGUAUAGAUAUUCCCAGGGGUACCGAGCUUCUGGUGUGGUACAAUGACAGCUAUACGUCUUUCUUUGGGAUCCCUUUACAAUGCAUUGCCCAGGAUGAAAACUUAAAUGUCCCCUCGACGGUCAUGGAAGCCAUGUGCAGACAGGACCCCCUGCAGCCCUUCAACAAGAGCAGCAAACUCUCCCCCGCCGCCCAGCAGCGCUCCGUCGUCUUCCCACAGACUCCGUGCGGCAGGAACUUCUCCCUCCUGGAUAAGUCUGGGCCCAUGGAAUCAGGAUUUAAUCAAAUCAACGUGAAAAACCAGCGAGUCCUUGCAAGCCCGACCUCCACCAGCCAGCUCCACUCGGAGUUCAGUGACUGGCAUCUUUGGAAGUGCGGGCAGUGCUUUAAGACUUUCACACAGAGGAUCCUGUUACAGAUGCACGUGUGCACGCAGAACCCCGACAGACCAUACCAGUGCGGCCACUGCUCCCAGUCCUUUUCCCAGCCUUCAGAACUGAGGAACCACGUGGUCACUCACUCCAGUGACCGGCCUUUCAAAUGUGGCUACUGUGGUCGUGCCUUUGCUGGGGCCACCACGCUCAACAACCACAUCCGAACCCACACUGGAGAAAAGCCCUUCAAGUGCGAGAGGUGUGAGAGGAGCUUCACGCAGGCCACCCAGCUGAGCCGACACCAGCGGAUGCCCAAUGAGUGCAAGCCAAUAACCGAGAGCCCAGAAUCAAUCGAAGUGGAUUAA